AGGACAAUCUCAAACCUCUUACCGCAAACUAACCACCCCGUCCCUGUCGCCCUACAUUUUCCUCCCGUGUCUCUCCCGCUCCCCUCUUCUUCUCUGUGUGUUGUUUUGUGGUUGUUGUCUCUCAAAGAUGGCCUGUCAGGGGCUCGUGAAGGGGGAAAGCCUGGCGUCACUGAAGAAGGAGAGCGAGAGUCUGAAGAAAAAGCUGGAGGAGGAGCGGGGCAAGCUGAACGACAUAGAGUUGCACCAGGUGGCUGAGAAGGUCGAGGCAUUGGGCGCUCUCUCCAUAAAGACCAGACGUGUGCUGAAGGGUCAUGGGAACAAGGUGCUGUGUAUGGACUGGUGUAAAGACAAACGUCGUCUUGUCAGCUCUUCUCAGGAUGGAAAAGUGAUUGUCUGGGAUGCAUUCACUCUUAAUAAGGAACAUGGGGUGACCCUGCCGUGCACAUGGGUUAUGGCGUGUGCUUAUGCUCCCUCAGGCUGUGCUGUGGCAUGUGGAGGACUGGACAACAAGUGCUCAGUGAUCCCGCUGUCACUGGACCAAAAUGAGAACUUGGCUGCAAAGAAGAAGUCUGUCGCCAUGCACACCAACUAUGUAUCAGGAUGCACCUUCACCAACUCGGACAUGCAGAUCCUGACCUCCAGCGGUGACGGCACAUGUGCCUUGUGGGAUGUGGAGAGCGGGCAGCUGCUGCAGAGUUUCCACGGCCACACAGCUGAUGUUUUGUCCCUGGACCUUGCUCCAUCUGAGACUGGAAACACAUUUGUCUCUGGGGGCUGUGAUAAGAAGGCCAAUGUGUGGGACAUGCGCUCUGGACAGAACAUUCAAUCUUUUGAGAGCCACGACUCUGACAUCAACUGUGUAAAGUACUACCCCAGUGGAGAUGCAUUCGCUUCUGCUUCUGACGAUGCCACGUGCCGUUUCUAUGAUCUGCGAGCUGACCGUGAGGUAGCCAUCUACCAGAAGGACAGCAUCUUAUUUGGUGCUUCCACUGUGGACUUCUCUCUGAGUGGUCGCCUGCUUUUUGCUGGUUAUAAUGACUACACCAUCAAUGUGUGGGACGUUUUGAAGGGAAAUCGCAUCUCUGUGCUGUUCGGCCAUGAGAACCGUGUUAGCAGAGUCAGAGUGUCACCUGACGGCACGGCGCUCUGCUCGGCCUCCUGGGACAACACUUUACGGGUUUGGGCCUAGAGAUUAUAUCAAUGUUGUGAUCCAGCGAAGACAGCACCAGCAUUACUGCAUGUGACUGCCAAAACUGCACGUCUGAAAUCAACACUACAGCAGGAGUGUGUUUAUACAAACCUACAGUCUGACAUGUCUCCUCUGAAAGAGAAUAUUAUCAUCGUAUCAUAACUGGAGGGCAGGUCUUCAUUUGAACAGACAGUUUAUCGAGUUUGGAUUCCUUAUCUUUGUCAUUGUUAGCUUGAUGACUGAAUUAUGUAAUUGUUAUUGCUAAUAUAGUGGAAUAUUAUUGUGAGUGUAAAUAGUCAGAUUUGACCGGAAGAAAUUCAACGAUUGUCUUGUAAAUGUAAAUCGGUUCACUGUCACCUCUCCUGUGAGGACCACACAUGCUGCGGGUGUACACGCUGUUGUUGUUUACUGUGGCUCUUUGCCAUAGAUAUUGUCAAGAUUCUUCAAAGGGAGAUAACUUUGAACAUAACAUAACAUUUCUCAUUUCAAUAUACAUAAACCUCAUCAGCUUAGGUAAAUUUUUUGUGAGAAAAAUAAAAAUGAAUUUUAAGUUGU